GCCACAACGUGGACGGGGUGCCGGGGGCGAAUCAGUCGACACCCUGCGGACACGGGAUAAAGAGCAAGGCACAGAGAUGCCACCGCCCACUCAAGCAUUCGGCGAAAGCGCGUUGGCAAGGAACCCACGGAUUCAUGAAGAGCCCAUACAGCCAAUUGCGUUCGCUCCCACCCAGCUCUUCGCUCCUAGUAGGCUCGCUACGAUCAUCAGUGCCACGACCACAGCAGAAGCCCCUGGGGACGAAGACGAGUUCUCUCCCUCAAUGCAGGUAUUUGCUCCCAGUCGACUGGCAACGGGCCUCGGCAGUACGCGAGCCCUUGAUACAGCGAACAAAUCGCCGCCGCCGACCCGGAAGCGCAGCUUCUCCAAGAUAUCUGCGGACGGGCCUUUCGCGUACUGAACAUCACUCACGCUUAAUCACAAAUUCCCCGACGGACGUUAGCUCGGACUCUAUCCGUCAUGGUAGGUAUACCACUUUUAGCCUCAGUUCACCACGGACUUCGAUUGAGAUGGACGAUGUAGCGGAUAUAGAACAUGUUGAAUAUGAU